CAACAGUUCCUGCACCUCAGUUUGGCAAUUCCAAACUCUUCUGCCAUCAAACACAUGAGAAUGUGGGAAUGGCUUGGCUCACCUUUAGUAGGGCCCAGAGCACAUGAAACACCUUUUCACCUCCAUUUCAGCACCCUCACAAGGAAACAUCUCAAGAGCAGCCAGCUUCAGUUUCCAAAAUGUCCUUCUAAAAAAAUAGCAUUUCCAUCCCAUGGAACAGACACCAAACCCAAAGGGGACAGUAGAAAGAGCAGUUUGUUCCACCUUUCAGCUGCUGUCUGGAGAAAACCCUGACCCACAGUUUUGGUUUGAGUGGCAAUGUACAUGUCUCCCUACCAGCUCCUGGCAGGGACUCAAGUCUUCUUCCAUCCCACUCUGAACCAUGACAUUCACAUCACUUAGACACUUUUUAUUUCCUCUGAAGCAUCUGGUCUUAAACCUCUGGCUGACUGCAGCCUUUGUGGUUCACUGGCUCCCUUUUGGUGCCCACCCUGGUCAGGCGGAGAACAACCACCUGCAACUCCUCCACUUUCUGCAGAGAAGCCAGGAAGAUGAGCUACCACCUCAUAAAAACAAGCUCAUAAUGGCUCAGAAGAGGUGGACAAGAAUCCUUGAGGGAGAAGAGGUUACCCCCUCUCCUGCCCCUGUGUUGCUGGAGGGCAGGGAUGGAAGAUGAGGUUCCCAGCACUUUUCUAGAGGACACUGGGAUGCAGAGCCAGCAAAGGAAAGGAGCAGUUUGGCACAGAUGUCCAGCAGCUGAAAUACUGCCCUGAGCUAAGAGCAAAAAUAGCUGCUGGUAUCACUGCACCUGUGAAGACAGGGGAAACGUGUGAAUUUGGGCACGCAGGCAAAUUCAGAGAAGAGCUAGAGGAGGAGGAAUGCUUCUGGUGGGUUGUUUCACCACCUUACUUUUCAGCAUAUGUAAGGUCUGUUAUGUAAAGUGCUUAGUUGUGGGAUUCUGAAUACAUCCGUGUCUCUUGCUCCUUUUCCACUAACUCUUCUGGCAGUUUUGAACUGAUGAACAGAUUCUAAGAUUUUUUUUUAAAUCACCUGCAUGAAGCAAUAUUCUUUCCUUCUUGCUGACAUCUAUUCAAAUGAGGAUUCCUAUGACAGCUGUCCAAUCACUUCCAUAUUAAUAAUCUAAAAAAAAAGACAUUUUGUUCCAGAAACCUUACAAGGGAAAUAUUGUUGUUGGUUUACAGAAACCUUUUAUUUUCCAAGAAAUAUAAAGAUAAGAAUGCAGUAUAAUAUGUCAUUAAACAUGGGAAAGUCUCAACCAUCCCCAGAACAAGAGAAUGUAAAAUCAUGACCUGAUCAGUGUUAUAAAAGCUGUGCCAGGUCAGAGGGUAACUUCAGGGAGCAAACAUUCAUCUGAAACUAAGGUCACCUCCAUUCACCAUUUGCUCUGCCCAGGAGGCAAUGAGCAAACCAUCAGCUUCCUCCCUGCCUCUGUUUCCCUACAUAUCAGGUGAGAACAAGAACCACCAAAGUUCAUUGAAAAUGCUGCAGAACAGCAAGGAAAUGAAUUGUCUGUAGCUCCAUGUCGAUAAUCAGAGGUCCUGCAUCCAAACUGAUGUGAUUUUUGAGUAUACAUCAGGAAAUGCGUCAGCCACCAUAUGCUUCCCGAAAUAUAAAAAGUGGUGAGAAGUAGGCGGCCUGAUUAUCAAUGCCUACUUGCAAUCUACCAUGCUAUGGAGGGAGAGAUUCCUACUGAGGAGCAGAUUUUAGGGAAGGAGACUGCUGCUUUCUAGGCUCUCUCAUUACCCCUCGCUGUGGGAAGACCUGCCCACAGAACGGCUGAAGAAGGAAGAGUUUCAGGUGCAAUGAUUGGUGUGCGCUAAAGCUGAAGGAAGAAGGAUGCUCAUCUUCAGACAUCACUGCAAAGAGGCACAAAGUACAGCAACAAAUUUGCUUUUUGCGAUGCAAUACAGCUCCCUGACUGCACCAGGUUCAAGGAAGGGCUGACAGGAAGAGAACAUAUUCACCCUUUCUGCCCAGUUCCAGUUCUCCAAGUCUGCAGAGCUGCUUCAAGUGUGAAAGUGUUUUUUCUAGAGCUAUACCAGCUCACUACAAAAUGUUGUCAUCUGCUCUGAAAACAAUCAUUAGAUGUCUGAUGUGCUGAAAAUAUAAAAUAAUACUCAGCAUAGAGGGGAGCCCUAGGAUACUACAAGAGUUAUUAGUCAAAAUAUGAUUUUGGUAUCAAGAAUGCAAUUUGUCCUUAAAAGCAGAGUUCACAAACACUUUUCAAAGCAGGUUUGUCAAAUACAGAGACUUGAUUCAUGAUGGACAUAAAGGCCAUCCCAACAGCCAUGUAUCUCCUGCUGAAUACUGAGUUAAGUAUGGAUGCAAGCAGUGGUACCUGUAUGACAAAUAUUUGGGAGGUACAGGAGGCCACACUGCAUGCUCAUAGCCAGAUGGCCUUUUCUCUUUGGAUCCAGAUGAGAUCCAUCCCUCUCAUGCAGGUGUUCUGUCAUUCAGAAGUGUUCCCAAGUCUUGCUGGUGUCAACAGGGUCAAAAGGUACCUGAAAAAUCCAUGGGGGGGGACAGGCAGAGAUGCACCAUUGCCACACACAGUCUUCCACAACAGCAUCUCCUGCUCACUGCAGGACAGCAAGGGCCGGUUUAAAGGACCACCUCUGGCCCAGAGCAGUGUCUGUGGGACAGGAUAUUUGAAACUGGAAUAUAAACCUAGCAAACCUGUCGAACGAGGCAGGAGAGAGAUAAAGAAUUGCUGUCCAUAAUUUGUCACAUAUUAUAGAGCAGGUGCCUGGAAGAGAUGGGAUGAGCUUUUGGGGAUGACUCUUCCUUCUCCGAUCUCUAGAGGGAGCCUCAGAGUGUGAAUAAACUGCGUGUGAACCUCUAAAGAGGGCUGAAAUGAGGAGACAUGCAUCUCUGUCUGAAGUUCAAGGUUUCCUCAAACCCAGCUGAGGACCCACAUACACUGGAGCCCAGAGCAGCCUGUCACAUUCUGGAAUGCUUUCAAAAAAUUAAUUUGAACCUGCUGGUCACUUUCCAGUGUGUCACAUCCUUCUGCACAAGGGAGAGCAGGAAAUGGCAAACUCCCAGUAUGAGGCAAAGCAUUCCCAUCGCAGCAAUUGGUCCACAGGAGCUAUAAAUUGGUCUCCUCCAGAAACAGAUCAAAAUUUGUCUUCUGGGAGGGUGGCUGGAAACUGAAGGACAGAAGCCAUGGAGAGGAACGGUGCUGCCUUUCUGCCGACACCAGACCCCACGCACCACUUCCACGUCGCGCUGCUGGAUCAGAGGCGGAGGCUUCGUGGCCAAAUCGCUCACCUUCACAAGGCAGCUCGGAAACUCAACCAGCUGCGCAAGAGGUCCCUGAUCGCCAACGUCAGCGGGAGCACGCUGACAGCUGCCGGAGCGGUCACAGCCAUCCUGGGGCUGUCCCUGAGCCCGGCCACGCUCGGAGCCUCUCUGCUGGCGUCGGCCGUGGGUCUGGGCCUGGCCACGGCUGGGGGGGCCGUCAGCAUCACUUCCGACCUCUCCUUAGUGCUCUGCAAUUCCCGGGAGGUCAGGAAGGUGCAGGAAAUUGCAGUGACUUGUCGGAAACAGAUGAGGGAAAUACUCGGCUGCCUGGAGUUCCUUCGCCGGGGGCAGGGCCCGGGCGACCCUGCGCUGCGCCAGUCAGAGAAGAGGGCAUCCAUCUCGCUCUACAACUUCGUCUGCUUCAUGGUCUUCUGCGGCUCCCACAGCUUCCUCGUGCCAGAAUGCACAAAGGAGGUCACUAAAGUAAGCCAGGCUGUGCUGAGGGCCAAAAUCCAGAAGCUGGCUGACAACCUCGAGACCUGCACCAGGGCAAUGGAUGAAGUCUGUGAUCUUCUUGAGUCCAGAACAGAGCUUUCCCCACGUACAAGGAGACUCAGCUUGCGUGCUAAAACCACUGCCGAGAUCCUGAGACCGUCCAGCUGAAGCAGUGUUUGGCCCAUAUUAAAACUGGGUUUGGAGGCAUUACAUUAUUAACUGUGACCAUUAGCACUGCUACCUGUUGUUUUACAGUUCACGGUGCUGAUGCUGUGAGGCAGACAUUCUGUAGAUCCUUAUUUCCCCAGCCAUCUCCACUGCUCUGCUUCCCAAGGCAGCAAAAAGAAGUAGGUCAGGAGGCAGAUGAAAUACCUGAUGCUGACUGAACCUGGUUUGUAAACAACUUAUGAAUUUGUGUGUGGUACAAGGGCUGGAGUACCCUAAAAAAGCCAGCAGCUGCCAAUUUCCAGUAGAGUACAAUCCCAUUACCAAGGUACAUCUGGAAAGGCUGCAGAAAGAAGCAGCUCCAGAUAUGACAGACUGUAUGGAUAGUUCACCAUCCCAGGGUGAAAUAGCAGGGCCAGAAUUUAUCCACUUUGGAGAAACCUCUCCAGACUGAGAACUGUGAUGUUUGCAUUCUAUUUAUUUACCUAGAAUGAUUUUAAGCUUGUGAUAUUGUAUUUAAGAGUGUAUAUAUUUUUUUUCUUUUUUUUAAAGGAGGCCUCUGUUCCAAAGGAAAGCUGUUGUUUUUUAGAGUAAAAGCAAGUCUGUAGCAUGUGAGAGCAAGUUACCUGUUAUUUUGCUGUGGGGGAGGGCAAAUCCCUGUAGGAAAAGGAAAGCAUGACCUGAAUGCUGAUAGUAAUAAAAUAGGUGAAACAGUUCAAACAGUGACAAUAGAUUUUAGGAGCUAAAACAGAGAGAAGAAGAGUGACCCUGGGACCAGAGUCUGCCUCAGGGCAUUGGUGGAAGGAAGUAGUUGUAUCUCCUGCAGCAGGAAGGGAAGGGUAGGUUGGUGUUAUGUGAUGGGAGCACACCUGAGAGGUGGAGGUGCCACUCUCCAUGCAGUUGAGCAGCCUGUGAGACCCAGAGUGGAUCAUCUGUGAGGGGGGAGGCAGCACUCAUGGAAAGCUACACGUACUCCUAGCAGUGCUUCCCACAAAAGGCUUCAUAUCAGUGAAUUACAUGUGGGUACUAAUAUUCAGGAGGGGUAGGGAGGAGUAGGAUGAUUCAGUGGCAGAGCCCCUACAAAGCAGGAGCAAGGACUGGGACCCUGUUUCAAGUGACUGCUCUGCUGAAUAUGCCCUUUGUGAUUUUGAGCCAUCAGUACCUCAGUUCCCUGUCUAAAAACGGGGAUAGUAGUACUUCCCUACCUCACAAGGAUGUGUCUGGGAUCAUCCCACUGAGAAGUGCCCAAGUAUGGUGAUGAUGGGGAUCGUGUCAGUACCUGAAAGAGGUACAAGGAAGAGACCCUGAAACUAGCUUGAGGUGACUCAAAGAGGUAAUGCAGAGGUAACUGCCUCCACAAGCAUGCCCCAGUGGAUAAGGGAAACUUCCCCACGCAGGCACAAAUCCAAGUGAUCAGAAAAACCUACUCUGUAAUUCUGCAACACUGACCAAAUUCUUAGGGUGCCACAAAGCUUGAAUCCUUUUUGUCCCUUCUUUUCAUGAUAUCAAUAUUUGUUUUAAUAUGUUGUAAGAAGAAUAAAAGCUCUGUUUCCCCAGAGUGGGACUCAAAUGCUUUUGAUACCCAUGCCUGUUUGCCAGAAAUGAAAAAGUACACUGCUGAUUCAAAUAAAUG